AAACUCAUCUUUUCGAUGGAAACGAUUUAUCUCUUUGCUAUUUUAUUGGAUUUGAUUCUAAAAGGAAUCAAACAAAGAGAAAAGAAGUCGCACGCUUCGCUUUCUCCUCCUGGACCUGGAAACGAUCUUUCGCCGCCCGACGGCGAAAGAUCAUAUAGGAGGAGUCUCCAGGUUUGGUGGGUGGACAAAAAAAAGGAUGACUUCGACCAGAAAACCGGAGAAAUUCUCAACGGAUUUCCUAAUGGGAGGCGCAGCAGCCAUCGUCGCCAAAUCCGCAGCCGCUCCAAUCGAAAGGGUGAAGCUUUUACUCCAAAACCAAGGAGAGAUGAUCAAGACAGGACACCUCACAAAACCUUACACCGGUGUGAGCAACUGCUUCCUCAGAAUCUUCAGAGAAGAAGGCCUUCUCUCCUUCUGGAGAGGAAACCAAGCCAACGUCAUACGUUAUUUCCCUACACAGGCUACUUCAAGAACCUUCUCGGAUGUUCCAAAGAGAAACACGGUUACUUCAAGUGGUUCGCUGGGAAUGUUGCCUCCGGAAGCGCUGCUGGUGCUACGACCUCCUUGUUUCUCUACCAUUUGGAUUACGCACGGACACGUUUAGGCACUGAUGCUAAAGAAUGUUCGGUUAGUGGGAAGAGGCAGUUUACAGGGAUGGUUGAUGUGUACCGUAAGACUCUGUCAAGCGACGGUGUUAAAGGGCUUUACCGUGGAUUUGGGGUUUCGAUACUUGGAAUCACUCUUUACCGAGGCAUGUAUUUCGGGAUGUACGAUACCAUCAAACCCAUUGUUCUAGUCGGUUCCUUGGAGGGGAACUUCUUGGCUAGCUUUCUGUUGGGUUGGAGCAUUACUACCUCUGCAGGCGUCAUCGCUUACCCUUUUGAUACGCUUAGGAGGAGAAUGAUGCUUACGUCAGGGCAGCCGGUUAAAUACAGGAACUCCGUUCAUGCGUUAAGAGAGAUAUUGAAAACGGAAGGGUUCUGUGCGCUGUAUAGAGGAGUUACUGCCAACAUGCUUCUUGGAGUUGCUGGAGCUGGAGUUCUUGCAGGGUAUGAUCAGCUUCACCGGAUUGCUUAUAAGCAUUGGGCUCAGUAGUUAUUGGACCAAAUCUGGUAAUGGAAAUGUCAGUAAAAAAAACCAAGAAGUUGUGCUUACAUUACAAUGUGUUGUGUUGAUUAACAGAAGCUCGGAAUCAUUGAUGGGUUUAAAAAAGAUGAAGAUAGGGAAAAAUUGUUGAUAAAAUUCUUGUCAGAUACGUUGUUGUUUCAGUAAUCUAUAAGAAGAAAAAGCCUUUUGUUU